AUGAGGGUUACUACUAUCUUGCUGUGUCGUGUCUGUCUGUAUGUGUGGCCUGCUUGCUUGCUGUCCUCUCGGUAUCAGAUGCCUUCUCCUCAGUGUGCUGCUGUCACAUGCCUUGGUGAGAGAGGUAGCAGGGCUAGAAGCAGCGUCAUGUUGUUUAUUUCAUCUGAUCGAUCAGUCGAUUCAAUGCGUGAGUGGUGGCCGAGUCGUGCAGGUACCGGUGGUUUACGUUAG